CGAGGGGCCCUGAAGGCAGCACCGGCCCCAGCACUCGAGGAGGCUUGAUAAACGAAAGUUAACUUUUCCGACCCGGCAGUUUUUCCUUCGCUCAACAUAUCAGUCUCUGGCUCUCCCACUGAAACACUGCACAGAAAGCAGUCGGUACCUUUUCCAAACGGGAGUCAGCUUGCUCCACAGCCUGAAGUACCAUGGCAUAUCAUAGAGCCCCGGACUCCAAGAGGGAGAGGUUUCGGAGAUAUCUGGAGAAAGCCGGCGUUUAUGACAGUCUUCUUAGUGUUCUAGUGUCCCUGUAUGAGCAACCAGAAAAGCCUGACAGUCCUCUGGAAUAUGUGAAGCAGCACAUCGGCGCUGUUGGUCAGGCUUCGGCCGAGAGUGAGGCUCUGCAGCAGGAGGUGAUGGACCUGAGGCAGAGGUGUGCACGUCUGAUGGAGGAAAACAAAGACCUCAAAGAAAAGCUGCAGCGCUACGAACCUGUAACAGAAGAUGGAGGCAAAGCCAAGUGAACCCAGAGCGUGCCUGGCUUUAAAGAAACGGACUUUUUGUUUACAUUGUUACCACUUUUUGACUUUGAAGACACUUUAAGUGAAAACCAAGAUGUUUGUGUUGCCGAGCUGCUGUUUUGUAAAGUCAUUUAAGAAAAGAGAAACUAUUUUAUUCUGUACAUGAAUGUAUGUCAGUAUGUAUGAUUUUGUUCUGUGGAGGCUUUUAUAAGUUUUACAGCAGAAGGUGAUUUUGUACAUCUUAACAUGAGCCUUUUUUGAGGCCCCCUAUGUCUCAUUUUAUUUUUUUCCUGGCCUCUUUGUAAACUCUCAGUGCAGAGAUUCAGAGUAAAUUUGCAGAUGUGUGAAUCUCCAAAAACAUAAGUAGUUUCUAGAAGAAAGAAACGGGAAAGACUUGUUGUCUUUGUUUCAUCACUUGUUGAUCUAAUCUGCAACUAGCUGAAUCAAACAGACCUUUCAUAAGAAAUACAUAUACUGUAUGUUCAUGUAGAUAUACUGACAGUGCUGUAUAAUGAUAACACAAAUAGAGAGACAUUAGGAAUCAGACCACGUCCUGUUUUCAUCCAGAGUUCACCAUUUUAUUCACUUCAUUAGGAUCAAACAGUCAAAAAUAUCCAGCUUGACAUAAAAUUAAAAAAAAAAAAAACAGUGUUGUUGAUGACCAGGGCGACACUGCUGC